CCAGUCUCUCAUUCUUCACUUCAAUCCUCUCAACCACCAAGCUCCAUCAGCCACGGGGAUCCCCCGCGCCGCUCUUCACAAUGGCGCGUAACAGCGAAAAAGCCCAAUCGAUGCUCUUCCGUUUCCGGGCCCAACAAGCCGCGGAUCUCGGAAUCAUCGACAUUGGGCGCACGCGCCGCCCGAAAGCCAUCACGACCGUUGACUCUAUCCCGAUGUGCGAGAAAUGGCGCGGCCAAGUGCUGAAGGAAAUCUCACGCAAAGUUUCUCGGAUCCAGGAGCUCAGUCUAAGCGAUUACCAGAUCCGCGAUCUGAACGAUGAGAUCAACAAGCUUAUGAAGGAGAAGUGGACGUGGGAGAUGCAGAUCCGGAACCUCGGCGGACCGAACUAUAUGCGAGGUUCUGGACGGGUGUUUGAUGAUGAUGGGAGGGAGAUACCGGGUGGUGGGAAGGGGUAUCGGUAUUUUGGACGAGCGAGAGAGUUGCCGGGUGUGAAGGAGAUGUUUGAGGCGGCGGCGAGACGCGGGAGGAGGCCGGCUGAGGAGGAGGAUGAAGAAGGUGGAAAGGGGAGAGGAGGUGAGAUUGCGACGAAGAAGGUCGAUGCUAAUUACUUUGGGUAUGGGUUGGAUGAGGAGGAUGGAACGCUUUUGGCGUACGAGAGGCAGAAGGAGAAGGAGGCUGUUGAGAGAUUGCGCAGGAAGGAUGAGGAUGUUGAGGAUGGAUGGGAGCCGUUGCCUGGUGAUGCUGGCGACGGAGUUGAAUGGAGGUUGCCUACACUUGAUGAGGUUCAGGAGGAGUUGGUUGAUCGACGGAGGAGGAGGUUGUUGGAUAAGAUUUCAUGAGCUUGUGCGGUUGUUGGGGCGUUUGUCCUCGUGUUGUUGCGCUAUGCGCUGACUCGGGGGAUCUCACUUUUUUUCUUGUUUUUCCAUUUUUUCGUCUCUAUCAUGGGCGUUUAGGGUUUACGAUGAUUUCUCGUCUCAUUCUCGUCUCUCUCCUACGUCGUUCUGCGGUUCUAACAAGUCUACUAUGCAUCUGAGGGGAGGCAAAAGCUCAUUGAUGAUACCAACAUGAUUCGUUCUUUUGUACAAUGGAUGGGAG